AUGGAAUCUAUGCUUGAAAAGAUCUUGGACAACCAAAAUAAAAGUGAUAAGAAGAUGGAAAAUUUGACGGAAGUGGUAGGCUCUCACAUCGCUUUGAUUCAAAAACUUGAGUCACAAAUGCGAGUUCUUUCUCGUGAGCAACAUCCACCACAAAGAGGGGGCCUUCCUAGCGACACAAUUUUGAACCCAAAGGGUAGUGGAGGUGAUCAUAUUGCCUCAUGCAAAGCCAUUUCUACUAGAAGUGGGAAGAUCCUUAAUGCGGUGAAUGAGAGGGUAGUUGAACCUAUCAUUGUCGAGCUGAUUGUUGAUGAGGUUAUUGAGGAAGAAAUUGAAGAAGAACUGGAGGCACCAAUUGAAACGCCAAUUAUUGUUGAGAAAGAGAAAGAGGCACACCCUAUUGUUCUCGAGGGUGAUGAGGUGCCAAGUGUUGAAAAAACUACUGGGGGUAGCGCUCAAAAGAGAAAGGUCACGGGGGAAAUUAAACCCUUGACUCAAAUAUAUAAAUCCCCUCCCCCGUUCCCACAAAGAUUGAUGAAAAGAACGGAGGAUGCCAAGUGCCAACGCUUCUACGACCAAUUGAAAGGGUUGUCAAUGAAUAUCCCAUUUCUUGAUGCAUUCCAAGAAAUGCCAGAAUUUGCUAAAUACUUGAAGGACUUGUUGACGAAGAAAAGACCAAUCAAGCAUGAUACGGUGGGAGUCACCCACCGUGUGAGCGCUAUUAUUUCGUCAUCAAAGGUUGAGAAGAAGGGAGAUCCCGGGGCUUUCACUAUCCCUUGCACCAUCGGUCACCAUGAUUUUUCUCGUGCUUUAUGUGAUAAUGGGGCUAGUAUUAAUUUGAUGCCACUUGCCAUCUAUAAACAAUCCGGUUUGAAAACACCUAGACCAACGAGCAUGCGUCUCCAAAUGGCCGAUAGAACCAUCAAAAGACCAGUAGAGGUUGUUGAUGACGUCCUUGUUAGAGUGGGGGGAUUCUUAUUGCCUGCGAAUUUUGUCAUCCUUGAUUGUGCGGUUGACAAAGAAGUCCCGAUUAUCUUGGGAAGGCCAUUUCUUUCCACCGGGAGAGCUCUAAUGGACUCGAAAAAGAAUGAAAUAAAAAUUGGUCAAUGA